CCAGGCAUAAACAGAUAGCAUACAGUAUUCGAACGAGAUCGUACUAUUAAAGUUGAACAUUUAAUAAAGUUUUAAGCGAGGAAUUAUGGCAUCGAACAUUGUAGAAAUGACGAAAGAAUUGGCCCAAGAUUUUAUCUAUUUCAAAGUUGGGAAAGCCAACCCAGUAACUAGUAUUUCCCUCAGCGCCAGAACGCUUAAACGCGUCGCGACCGAAGUCGAAGCAAAACACGGGGACCUUUUCGAGAGCAUGACGAGGAGAAUAAGUUGUAGCGAUGAUAACAUUUCAGAAUCGUUCAAGAAAAUUGUCGAGAACAUGUUCGCAGACAAUGUCAUUAACUGGGGACGCAUUGCAGUCUUGUUCACAUUCGCUGGCCAUAUCGCGCUCUAUUGCGACAGACACGGCUCGCAAGAAGACCCAGAUUUAGUAGUUCUGUUGCUUACGGAGUUUGUCAAUAGAAAAUUACUAAAGUGGAUUCAAAAUAAUGGUGGAUGGGUAAGUCAUUUGCUCGUUCUGCUCAACUAAAUAUUGUAGAAUGUGGCUCAGAAGUGCUGGGUCACGUACAGGUUUUGUAUACAGGUUUUAGAUUACACUGUUGUAUCUUGCAAAUUGUCUGUUCGACUGCAUUUUUCUAAUGCCUUUUAUUCCAUUCCGUUCUGUCGCUUAGUUUAGCUUAACAUUUAGUCCGAAUACAGUUGGAAUAGUCGCAAACAACUCGAUCUUAUUGCAGCUUAGCUUUACCGUACAGCUUUUGUGCAUGUUAAAAUUUUCUCACAACUUAAACUGAUCUGAUUCUUGCAUUCUUGCAAUUCCUUUUCUUUAUUUCCAUUCUGUUCUCUACUUUAGCCUAAAAUAUCAUUUUAGUCUUAUAAAACAAAUUAUUAUUGCAGCUUUUUAAACCACCUAGCUUGAUAUGUACAGGUUUUUAAUUUCAGACUUAUAGUUGAAACUUGUAUAUAAAGUGUUGGUCAGAAAUCUUUCUGAUCGAUGCCUUUUAUUCAAUUCUGUUAUGUUGCCUACUCACCUAAAACACAAUUUUGUACAGUAUUUUUACCGUCGUAUAAAUUUUACACAAUUUCAAAGGUGUUGUGUCCAAUACAGCCAAAUUGGCAAAUAUACGAAAUAUAACAAUUUAUUUGUACAGCUUAAAUUUCCGAUCAGUAUGGCAUUAUCUUUCGAACUUCCCCGAUUUCCAAAUUAAGGAAUCAAGUCCCUUUAAUUUGCUUUCGAAGCAUAUUACUUUAGGAAGUUUAUAGCUUUCGAAACUUGCUACUUUCCCUUUCGACAAAAGGGAAAUGUCAGAAACUGUAAGGACUAAUAUCGCCUCUAUUCACAACGCAAAUUUUCACGAACUAAUAUAUAUAUGACGGAAGGAAGAGACCUUUUUCAAUAAUACUAUAGUAUUGCAGCAAAGUAAUGCUAGAUGUUUCUUAGCCUAAGAGUUAAAUUUUUUGUGCUAAGACUAAGUAAAAACUGGUUUCAAAUCUUGUUCUCGUCAACAGUCCUUGUUUACUUGGUUCAAAGGACGCUUCGAUAAUUAUUCAAGCUGUUCACUAAUAAUUCGGGAUUUGUGCCAAAUGUAGACAAGUCUAAUGCUAGCCAUUCUCUUUAAGCGCAUAACUUUUCUCCAAGGAUUAGACAGCAUUGUACGCGAGGGAUUAUGAAUUGAAUUCCUUAUCUUUGCAAGCAUUUUUUCUUGUUAUUAAAAUUUGAUAUCCUUUCAUUGAGCCAGCAACUGUGUUGGCGGUUUCGAGAGCGAAUAAGAUCGCAGGAAAUUUGAUUAAAUAUUUAAAUGCGUCCCAAUUUGCAUCGUUAUGACUGAAAGGCUUUUGACACCAGUGUGGAGAUGAUAAAUAAUUCAAUGCUUAUUCUCAAUGGAAGCGUACACAAGACGCAACAUUUUGGGGGGAAACUUUAAGCAAAUUUACCCCCAAGUUUUUAAUAGACUUUUUAUUAUGUAUCGUUCAAAAACAGGGUCCUGUUACCAGCAGAAACGCGAAAGUAUUCGAUUUCAAAAUAUUUCCUAAUGAGUGCGGAUUCUUUCAUCUCCGUUUUCGCCCCCGAUUGACGAAAAAUUACGCAGCAGAAUGCGUCAACAGUCAAUAUCGUGCAGAUUUACAUAACUUUGAGACAGCGUUUAUUAAAUGUAUUAUAUCCUCUGUCUGGGUAAAUAACCCUUGUUUACACAAAGUACCGUGUUUUCCGUGUUUUUGCCUUUCGUGCCGUGUUGAUAGUUACGAUUUUUGUAUGAAUCGUGUUGAAACUUGCUUCAAACCUUCAACUAUCCCUGCUAUUUCCUGUUGUCAUUUGUCUUUGUGGUGUUGUGUAGUAAUGACUAAUGUUCUUUGAUCAAUCACUAUGUCAGCAUAAAUUCAUGUGUUUCUGCCCUUCUUCCUGGGAACAUGCAGUUUAGUACUGAUAGAACUAUCCAGUAUAAAUAAAGUUAGUUUAUUUUAGGUUUCCUCCCGUAGUAACAUUGGAUCAAUAAGAGAUGAUCCUUACUGAACCUCUAGGAAGAACAGUUUAGAACUGAUAGAGCUAUCCAGUGUAAAUAAAGUUAGUUCAGUUCUUGUUUGUCUCUUUUACGAGCAAAAUUUUAACAACUUAUUCUUAUCUAAUCUCUAUAGGAUUCAUUCAACGAACAUUUCAAGGAGCGAAAGGACGAUACAGGCGUAUGGUGGAGGGAUGCGCUGUGUGUGGGACUGGUGGCAGGGGCGGCUCUCGUCUUUGCCAGAUAGUAACAUUGUAGUGUCCCCCACCACACACCACACACGCUUUUGGCCAAGAAAGAAAAGUGGAGCUGGAAGAACCAUUGGUGGUUAACCCAAUCCACAAUUGGUCCGUUUCAAUAAACGUUAAAGUGCAGCAGAUGAUAGUCAACUUCGGAAAUGUUCAUACUUCUAGAAGAAAGCGUUGAUACAUGUAGCAACCUUUAUUACAUCUGUCAAUUCUGCGUUUCUUCUUGACCAUCAUCUGCUGUUUGGUAGUGCUUAGUGAAACUCAUCAAUUGCCUGUAUAGAGACGUUUUAUCAAGAGUUGCAAGAGUACAAAGAGUCAUAUUGACUGCAAAGACCUGGUUGUUCAUACAACUAGUUUUACCCAAGACGUAUUUUGCUGUUUGAAGGCAAAGAAAUGAACGAUGUAUCUGUGGCGUGGAGUGAACAAUUUGUCGCGAACUGUCUGUAGGAAUUAGUAGCGUGAAAAUGUGAAAUAUAUGAAGAUCACGAAGAUGAUGGAGCUAUGCUUUGCAAUACAUUUCGUGCUUGGCAUGAACAUGACAAAAAUGUAGAAAAAUUAUAGAAGAAUUUAGCUAAUUUUCCAAACAAUAUCUUGAUGAAUUAAAUAUAAAUUGAAAAAGAUGCUUCUAGAAAACCAUAAUCCAUAUCUUUUAAAAUUUUGUAUUGUAUAGUUUCUCCAAUUGUCGGAGAAAUUAUGCAUAUUGCCCAAGCUGUUAGCUCUAAGUUAUGAAAAAGACGAAAAUAGUUUGAAGAAUAUAGGGUUUUAAUAUAUCGCUAUUAAAACAUAUAUUAAUAUCGCAUAGUAUUAAUAUAUUAUAAUAUCUUAAAUCAAAUAUAUUGAAUUAUUAUAUUGUAAUUGUGUAGAAUGUUAUAUUUCAAAGAUGUAAAUAUAUAUAUGACGCCAUGAGAAUUCAUGUACAGUGUAUUAUAAUAAUAUGA